AUGGAAAUUAUCCCGGAUGAGAUUUUCGCACCAAGCCACUUCUUUCCACAAGUAAUCAACUCCCAAAACACUCCCAAAGCAAGAUCACGACGCCCAUGCGACCCUUGUCGUCGGCGCAAGUCAAGAUGCGAAAAACCAGAUGACCAUCAACCCUGCCUUCUGUGCCGCUUUCACCACCAGGAAUGCACAUUCAACGAGAACCCGCCACCGCGAAAACGACGAGCACUAACGAUCAACGCCAGCCCAGAGCCCAGCGAAUCUAUCCCAAAUCUACUGGCAUGUUCACCAAAUAGUCGCAGGAGCAGUACUGCUGCCUCUACAUCACCUCAGAAUGCGCCCACCACAAUCCGUCAGGAUCCACCAAUAGAUGAUUACGCGAACCUUCGUGGUCCCUCGCUUCUGAAGAAGACGCUGGGCUUGCAGACUGGUAGGCACAGCCGUCUUCUUGGAUCUACUUCAGAGUAUGAAAAACUCCUACUUGCAUAUGAACCAACUCAAGGCCCCCAAAAUCCCGGUUCGUCUGCUGGACCGUCUACGUUGAAGCGAGUAGAAGACAUAGGCGCCACAACAUUCAUCUCAUUGCCCGAUGUUGGCUCACUCAACCACCAGCAUGAUAUGCCAGAUCUAGACGCGAUUGAAAUAGCUGUCGCGCCUCAUGGAUCCGCUCUGAUCCACCUGUACUUCCGGAUUGUCCACCCUAGUUUUCCCAUAUUGCAUAAGAAAGUCUUUCUAGAAAAGUAUGCACGCACGCAUAGGGAGUUUUCGCCGCCUCUCCUUGCUGCAGUUUAUCUACUAGCUCUAGACUGGUGGUCGUAUUCGAGUGAGUUGGCCUCGCUACCGAAACCGGAUGUGGCUUAUCUCGAGGAGCUAGCCAUGAAAUCGUAUAGUAAUAUCAUCCACCGGCCCAAGCUCUCGACCAUACAGGCAGGUUUACUGCUUCUCCAGCGACAUGAGGGGAAAAGCUGGGCGAUGACGACGCAACUUGUUGGCCUUGCUCAGGACAUGGGUCUCCACCUCGAUUGCACAGAGUGGCACAUUCCAAGCUGGGAGCGGGGGCUUCGAAAGCGCCUGGCGUGGGCUGUAUACAUGCAGGACAAAUGGGGCUCUCUCAUCCAUGGCCGACCCUCGCACAUCACGCCAUCAGACUGGGAGGCGCAACCACUCAACGAAUACGACUUCCCCGAAAAUGCUGCAGACGAAGACGAUGAAGAUGGAAGCACAGAAGUGGAGAAGGGUCGCGUCUUAUUCUGCUACAUGGUCGAGCUCACAAAAAUUCUGGCAAGAAUUCUAACAACUUUUUACACGAUCAAGGCUGAACGCGAGUUUGCAUGCCGUGGAAGUGAAGGCGUGCGCUCGCUUCUCGACACUGCAAAGCCGCUGCAGCUUGCCCUGCGUCAAUGGUAUGCCGACAUGCCGCCAACUCUCAAAAUGCAAGAUAUUGCUGCGAGGAAACUUUCUAGUGUAGGCUAUCUUCAUCUCGGCUACUAUGCCGUUGAAAUGACGUUACAUCGGCGCAUCAUCCGCUCUUUGUCGUCGGCAGACGAUGCAGAGCUGUGCUUCAUUUGCCGGCAAGCAGCACAAACACGACUCACUUCAGCCAUGAGAUUUGUUCAAUCUCUACGACCCGAGCACCAUCAAUCAUUCUGGUACUCUGCGUCAAAGUACAACUUUGUCCUCAUCGGCUCGUUUAUAUCCCUUCUGUGGGUGACAUCCAAUACUGAGGACGAAGCAGCCCAGUACCGAAAGAAGCUAGAUGAAUACAAGUGGAUGCUGCGCCUGUCGAGUAAAUCGGCAGAUUUUCUCGGGUCUGCACUGACGCUGCUCAACAAUUCGACUGUCGCAUUGGUGAACAAAGUGGCUGAAAAUCUCGAUACUCGCGGAGAAAAGACAGCCGGUCUGCUGGUGGCGAGAGAUGCAGCUUCUGCGGCAGCGGGCCUUGCUCAUUUGGAUACAGUUCGAUCUACGCCUCCUGAUUUAGCGCUCGCUGGGGCCGAGGUCCGUGACAGCACUAGAGGCACGCCUCUUGAUGGAAACAGCAUGGACGAGCACUCGUGGUUCCAAGCGCUGACGGAAGGCGAGUUCCAUGGCGCAUAA